AAGCGGGGAGUGCCUCGAUCCGGAAGAAAGACGAGGAGAGCGAUACAACGGCGCGCCUCAAGAUGGCCGUUCAAGUGAGUCUUAGGUCUCAGGUUGCCAGUAGAUUUAUCGUGUUUUAUCGUGGAUGCAUCGGAUACCAUAAAGUUGUAUCGGCCGCGCAAAGUGCAUUUCUGGCGCUCUCUGGUGAUCUCUUAUCGAAGCUUCGCAGAAAAAUUCGAAAAUGGCGAACCGCACUGUGAAAGACGCUAAAUCUAUUCGCGGAACAAAUCCGCAAUAUUUGGUGGAAAAGAUCAUUAGAUCUCGGAUAUACGACUCCAAAUACUGGAAGGAAGAAUGUUUCGCCUUGACAGCGGAAUUGUUGGUUGACAAGGCGAUGGAGUUGAGAUUUGUAGGAGGAGUAUAUGGUGGUAAUGUAAAACCCACGCCAUUCCUCUGUCUCAUAUUAAAAAUGCUUCAAAUACAGCCUGAGAAAGACAUUAUAGUCGAGUUUAUAAAAAACGAAGAGUUUAAAUACGUUCGCGCGUUAGGUGCACUGUAUAUGAGAUUGACUGGCUCUUCCCUGGAUUGUUACAAGUAUCUCGAGCCAUUAUUCAACGAUAACAGAAAGCUUAGGAUACAAAACAAGCAGGGUGUGUUUGAGCUUAUACACAUGGAUGAAUUUAUUGAUAAUCUUCUCAGGGAAGAAAGAUGUUGUGAUGUUAUUUUACCAAGGAUUCAAAAGAGAUAUGUUUUAGAAGAGAAUAAUGAGCUAGAGGCAAAGGUCUCAGCGUUAGAAGAUGAUAUGGAUGACGGUAUCGAAUCGUCAGAGGAAGAAGAAAUUCCACCUAUUAAGGAAUCACCCCGUAAAAGACCGGACGAUCAUGAACGGGAGAGAGAUCGUCAUAGGGAUAGAGACAAGAGACAUUCUCGAUCCGAGAAGAAAUCCGAAAAGGACAAGCAGAGGUCAAGAAGCAGAGAAAGAGAUAGAGACAGAGAUAGGAGAGAGCGUAAACGCAGCAGAUCGCCGAAAUCUCACUCGUCAUCACAUAAAGAUAAAGAUAGAGACAGGGACCGUCAUAGAAGAGAUGAUAGAGAGAGGGAGAGGGAAAGAGAGCGAGAACGAGAUCGGAGAAGAGAACGUGAUAGAACUAGACAUUAAAAUAUGACAAGUACAUCUUUUGAUCAAGUGCUUAUACAAAUCGAAUGAAUGGGAGGUGAAUAAAUUGGUGAUCCUUUUCUUA